CAUGCCUACCAGGAAGCUGCGAUGUGUUUACCUAUGUGUCAUCCAUACACUUGCGACACGGUGCGAAGAGCUUUUUAUGUCUGACGGGCUUUAACAGCAUGAGUCCAGUCACAGCUUCGGUAAUGUCCAUCAUCCCGGCCUGAUCCCUCCAACAUGGCGUCUUCGAGCUACACCUGCAUCCAGGACAGCGCCACAGAGAAGGACAGGCUCCUCUCCUCCGUGGCCUCCUAUGGGUCCCGAGAACUUCUCGGGGUUGGGACCCCCCGUCCCACUUGUCUGGUGGGCUCUGAGCCUGAGCAGAAGCAGGAGGAGGAGGAGGAGGCCCUGAGGAGGAAGCUCAAGUACUUCUUCAUGAGCCCUUGUGACAAGUACCACGCCAAGGGGCGGAAGCCUUUCAAGCUGGGCCUGCAGCUGCUCAAGAUCGUCAUCGUGACUGUGCAGUUGGUGCUGUUCGGACUGAGCAACCAGAUGGUGGUGACGUUCAAAGAGGAGAACACGGCAGCGUUCAAACACCUUUUUCUGAAGGGUUAUCAGGACAACGUGCCUCAGGCUGUUCACACGCAGAAGGAACUGUACAGCCACAUCCACUUUGCCAUAGACCAGUACAUGGCUCUACCUCAGAUUUCGCUGGGACGGUACGCAUAUGUUUUGGGCGUCGGUGAAAACGGAAGUGCGCUUUCCCUCUGCCAGAGGUACUACAGGAGGGGAACCAUUGACCCCGUCAAUGACACCUUUGACAUAGAUCCCCACGUUAUCAACGAUUGUAUUGGGCUGAAUCCACCGACUUACAGUUCUUCCCCAGGAAACAGUGACUACAAGAAUUUCACUCUCAAGUUUUACAAGCUGAUCAAUGUCACAGUUGACUUUCAGCUGAAGGCCAUCAACAUUCAGACCAUUAUAAACAAUGAAAUCCCUGACUGCUACACAUUUGCUAUCACGAUCGUCAUGGACAACAUGGCACACAGCGGUAAAGUUAAGAUCAGUCUGCACAACCAGGCCUCCAUAAAGGAGUGCAAGGACCCCAACGUGUCUGGACACGCGGAGAACUACGCCCGGGAGUUCUUUGAUGUGCUGGUGGCGUUUGUCUGCCUGCUGUCCCUGCUGCUGUGUGGGCGCUCCAUCGUCAGAGGCAUCAUCCUGCAGCAUGAGUACGUGCAGUUUUUCAAACACAAACUUGGCCGCAGUGUGAGCUGGGGAGACAGGAUGGAGUUCAUCAACGGCUGGUAUCUCCUGCUCAUCGUCAGCGACAUGUUCACCAUCAUAGGCAGCUUCAUCAAAAUUGGGAUCGAGUCCAAGAAUUUGUCAUCAUACGACAUAUGUGGGAUCCUGCUGGGAACCUCCACUCUGCUGGUGUGGGUGGGAGUCAUCCGUUACCUCAGCUUCUUUCAGAAAUACAAUAUCUUAAUUGUGACUCUAAGAGCUGCCUUCCCAAAUGUCAUCCGCUUCUGCUGCUGUGCAGCUGCCAUUUAUAUGGGAUACUGUUUCUGUGGAUGGAUUGUGCUCGGGCCCUAUCAUGCCAAGUUCCGCUCCCUGUCCAUGGUGUCGGAGUGCCUCUUCUCUCUGAUCAACGGAGACGACAUGUUUGUAACGUUCGCCGAGAUGGAGCAAAGCGGCACGCUGGUGUGGAUCUUCAGCCAGAUCUACCUUUACACCUUUAUCUCGCUGUUCAUCUACAUGGUGCUGUCCCUCUUCAUCGCGCUCAUCACCGGAGCCUACGACACCAUUAUGGCCCAAACACAGGAGCAGGUACGUGUCACUGACUUGCACGCGUUCAUCGCAGAGUGCGCGGACACACCCAACUCUGGCAAGUUCCGAGGGCCCGAGGGGUCGUCGUGCUCCUUCCUCUGCUGCUUUGACUGCUGAGGAGGAGGAGGAAGUGGAUGCACAGAGGGAGUAAGCAGUGUGUGUGUGUGUGCAUGCGAGUAUGCGCGUGUGUGUGCGUGUUUGUGUGUGUGUGUGUGUGUGAGAGACUGCAAGGGACUCUUCAUCUCUCUUUAAAGCACCAUAUUUCCACUCCAGUGACAGCCGCCUGCAAUUGCACUCCUUCUUUGAGAUAUCCAGCAGGGACGAUAAAUGCCUUGAGAGUGCACACAGACUGACCUUGGACCAAAUUGUCCUCUGUAGUGCUGCGUUUGAAUUUUUGCAUUUAAAUUUGUGCUGGAACGGUAGAACGCACUGCACAGCCACAAGCCCAAUUACCUGCAUCUGUGUUUUCUUACUCUAUGAAUAAUUUAUCGUCUCUUUCUGAAAUGUCAGUUUGUUUGGGCUUUGAUGACUAGACACGCAAAGCCAGUAAACAUAUUCAUUGUUGCAGACUGGACGCAGGCCCCACUAAGUAAAAUGGACUCAGAUUUUCACUUGACUGACCCACUAUUUACAGGGUUUAUUAUUACCGUGUUAUCGUCCACAUGGCUACCUAGGUGACAGGAGUUUUGUGCCUCUUGAUUAUGUAAAUAUAUGUACUGUAUGUCCUCUGAAUCUUCACAGCAGAGGUAGAAUUGAGACACGAGACAACUAGGCAAGCUGAAAAAGGAUUAUUAACUGCUGUAUGUAUGCAUUAGCUUCUGCAUCGUCUUUGGUCAAGGCUGUUCAUCCACUCCCACUUUAAUUCCCCCGCUCCUCGUCUCCUCUCCCCUUUGUUCACCAUGUCCUCCUCUGAGGGAGAUGAUGGCUGCGCCAUGAAGGACGAGCCCUGCAGCCAGUUAGUCAUCAAUAUGUAUGAACUGUUACUGUUGUAAAGCGCCAGGUGACUGUGCGGGCUAAUGCACUACAUGGCAGAGUCUUUUAACUGUUUGUUUUUAAAGUGAUCCAUGCAAAGCUGUAAAAUAUUUAAAAAAUACAAUUAUUUGCUGUCAGUUAGGAUGUCUGUGUCUGCCAUGGACGAAAAAGACAGGAUUUUAGCUAUGUUGCAUAGGUGAAAAAAGACAACCUGUAUGAUUUCCUUUAAUGUCCUGAACCGAACAGUACGAUCAUACAUGACACCAAAAUUAUUGGUUUGUUUUUUGUUUCUGUUUUGGUUUUUUUUUUACAGCAGGGCUCUGAUUUAAUUAUUUGAGAAUGAUCUCAUGUCUUUAGAGGCACAUACAGCUGAGUAUCAUCAGUGUAUCAGUAAAGAUAUAAUAUGUCCAAGAGAUGAAAUAUAAAGAGAGGAAAAGGCAGAGGUAUGAUAACAGAGCUCUGUGGUACUCCAUACUUUUCAUGUUUUUCCUCCCCUCCUAGGGAAAUAACAUUUUUACUGUAUGGUCAAAAAGUCAGAUGCCUAUCUUUGGUCAGCUCAAGAAAUAUGUUGUCACUGUGCUUUGCUUUGUACGGUAGGGUUUUAAUUAUCCUUAUUUUAUUAAAUUUUUCAGACUUGACACUGUCACUGCACUGACACUGAAGCUGUUUUAAAGGUUGAUUGCUCAUUUUUUUUUGUUUUCUCUGUGAAUGAGCUAAGGCAUCUCUAUAAACCAGCAGUUCUUCUCAGUUACUCUUUGUAAGGAAAACAUUUGAAUAUCACUGUUGAUACAGAGAUGUACUGAAGUGGUAAUGUCACUCCAGCAUGCAGUGUGGAGGCAUAUGAAGGUCACGGUUUAAUGGAAGAGGGAUUUUCACUGCACAGCAUUUCGAACAGGAUUAAAAGGGGAAAUGUUUUUAUUGCUUACUGACAUUUUAACUUAAUCGGUAUUGUUUACAACGACAAAAUGUGUUUUCUUUUAAUGAAUGUUUAUUUAAAGUUACUCAUAUGCACUUAAUGAAGAUUUACUGUAUGUACAGUUUGAUUUAAAUGUUUAACAUGGGAGUCGUAUAUAGCACAAGGGAACAAAGCACUGUAUAUGUAAUGCGUCUGUUACUGGUCUCCUGACACACUGAGAAAGUUAUUUAAUGCUCCUUUGAUUUCAUGGGUACAGAGUUAUUGCUCACUACAUUUGUUUACAUUUAUUUUAUAUUGCUGUAUUAAUUAUUUUUUUAUGUUUUAAGAAACAAGUGAUAGCUAAAAGGCAGAUUUUCAGUGUCUGUGUAAGAGGAACAUGUACAGGUUUUUACCCUCAUCUGUAUUGAGUCUUUUCUGUGAAGAAGUCGCUUUCUGAAUGAAAUGACACGUCUGCAAAAUAAAGUGGAAAGAAUCUGGA